AUGAAAGCAGAGAUGGACCAAGAGGAAGAAGGGAAAGUCGCCCCCAAAGCUCUGCAACCUGAAGGGAUUAGCCUCCACCGAGCGACGGAGCUCAUCAAUCUCUUGAUAUCCUGCUCCUACUCCGUCAGAUCCUUCCCCGCAAAGUGGCAGCUGAUCCGGGACAAGCUAGAACAAAUACACUCUUCCUUGGCCGCUGCAGCAGAGGGCGACAACUCUGCAACAAAUUCUGAUCUCGUCGGAUUACUACAAGCUAUAAAAUCGACUGCGAGUGAGACACAGGUGCUGGCCAAUAGGUGUAACGAUGAGUCCUACGGUGGUGGCAAGCUCCACCUGCGGAGUGAUCUUGAUGUGAUAGCAUCCAAGCUUCACCUCCUCAUGAGGCGCCUGGAAGAGAUCUACGCAUCCGGGAUUCUGACGUCUUCACAAGCCAUCGUCGUCUCGAGGCCAGGAGUUGGUGCGAGCUGGGAGGACAUGCGGUUCUACGUGAAGGAUCUCAUCUCGAGGUUAAAGAUUGGCGAUUCGGAGAUGAGGCUUCGGGCCUUGAGCGCCCUUAAGCAGGUGCUUUGCGACGACGACAAGUACGUGAGGAUUUUGGUCGCCAAAGUAGCCCAAGGUGUUGCUCUACUAGUGAGCUUUCUCGAAUCCCAGAGCGAAGGCGUUCAAGAGGAGGCAGCAUAG